CAAUGGCUAUGCUCAAUAGGUGCCCAACCUAAGCAUCGCCAACAUAUAACCAGGCCUCCAGCUUCAAGAUAUGCAGAGACUCUCAAUAACUCGGACGUAUUCAAAUCGCAAUUUUAUAAGUCAGGGGUAUAGUCACAAUAGCCCUGUUGAAAACUACUAGGCGGGUUACUGCAAUCGCUUUCGUCAUGUCAUUUGGAUUCUCAGUCGGUGACAUCCUGGCGGGCGCGCAACUGGCGUAUACGCUUGGUAAAUCUCUAUCGGACACGAAGGGGGCUUCGAGCGAUUACCAGGAGCUUAUUUCACAGCUUCAUGUGGUUCAUAAGGUUCUCAUCCAAGUCGACCAACUUCGAGCGGCAAAUCAGCUUGCACAGGCAACUAUUAACGCCCUUCUGUUCACGAUUAACUCCUCAAAUGAGGCGAUUGAGAAAUUUCUUACUCAAUACGAGACUUAUGAAGAGAGUCUACGACAGGGCGGUUCGGGUAAGAUUUUUAAAGAUGUCUACAAGAAAGGGAAAUGGGCUACUCAGAUGCCUGAUAAGGUUCGAGAUCUAAAGGGAACAUUGGCCACGAUGCUAGCAGCUAUUAAUUGCCUUGUAUCUCUGGCCUGUUACUACAAUACUGGUUAUGAUCCUAGAUGUCGUGUGGCAAUAGAUCCAGUUUGCGCCAAAGAGGGAAGAUUACAUGAUACAAUCUGGGCGAAAGACAUUGAACUUGCAGCCGUGAUAUGUCCUCAUUAUUUCAACCCAACCAGGUGUCCCGGUUUCGAUAAACAGAGCGCUCCGGAAUUAUUUUUCCGGCCUGGUCAGAUAUUUUCAGCGCAGAUCACCUCGAUUUUGACUUUACAAGAUAACCGAGAAGUCGGAAAGAUUGAUUUUGGAAAUCUUCCUCUCGAACCAAUUUCGACGCUCAAGAAGAAGGCUAGGGAGGAAACUUUUGAGAAUAGAGGCAAGCGACUUGACCAAAUUUGGAGCCUUCCCUUAGAGAAAAUGGUUCAGUACUGUGAUGAUAUACCAAAUGAUUCUACUCAAGUCGUUUGUUUGCUUUGUAAAAUCAAACUCCGAGCUCAACAUUCCAGGCAAGUUGCUAUAACGUAUCCCAAAGACAUGUGGGUUACUUGGCAUUUUCGCUACUUUCAUUGGGAAUAUUAUUUCUCAAUGCUACCCCCGGAGGUUUCUAGAGAUCUAGGGGAGGGUAAGCGGGAAAGAUUAGUACCCCCCAAAGAUCUUAUGCGCCCUCUUCCGGCCUCAAGCUUCUCGAAGAAGAAAUGGAUAAAUAGAACCCACGUGACAAGCGAGGCACCAAUCACGGCAGAUGACGAAUUAGUAGAAAGCUUCAAUGAAUCAAGUUGGAAUAGAGAAUUUCUAAGAGGCCCGGUCCUUAUUCGGCGUUUUGUUGUUGUCCGUCAAGGAGUAGACAGAUGUCUCUGUCUCGGAAUCCACACGUACUCUCGACGGGGCUGUGGAGAUCAGCCGGAUCAAGAGCUGUUUGGAAUUCUUCAUUCAAGCAAAGAACCACCUCAUCCCAUGGAUAACGAAACGGGGAUGGUACUUGCCCCCAUACGGAUGAAAUCUGAUCACCCAUCAACAGCACUUCCACGGACUGCAAGAAUACACUAUGGCCGUGCAUACGAGAUCUCUCACCAUCUACCAGUCGAGUCUAUUGGGCUAGUCCAAGAUGCUUCUAUGGAAGUACUCCUUGAUCAAUUCGAGGCAUCCGUGCCCAGAAUAAAGGAUGAGGGUGAUGGUACAACUCAAAACCAGAUUCCUGAACCACAAAUAGAGGCAGCAAACUUGGAUGUGGCUAAGACAAUCCGCAUGGACAUUGCUACCGUACUAGGCUCUAAGAUGUCUCCAGCUGAUUACUCGUCGCCUUGUAGAUAGGAAAUCUUGUUCUGAAGGACUUCAAUCUCUCGCUUUAGUUGUAAAUCGAGUAAAUUGUCUUAGAGAAUCUCACUUAACUUAUCAGCGGGUUUUAUUUCUAUGAACUAUCUAACGGGAACGUUUUCAUACACAAGGCCAAUAUUGUGUAUUUUAGAGGCCUCACGGUCUCGGUAUAUACACCAUAGCCUUUGUACAAUUUUGCCUGAGGUAGCUUUACAUAGCGUCUCAAUGUAUAGGAGAUAUAACUUAUGACGGACAUCCAGAGCAAGUCACCUGUGAGCCCGCUCCAUUAAAAUUGCAACUUCCACCAACACAGUUCAACACACAGACGGAACAGUCCGGAUAGUAGUCCGCUAUAGCACAUCCAUAACCACUUUUCGCAGGGAGACAGUCGUCUGCGAAGGACGUCCCGAAGAAUGUAGCAGCAAUGAGAAGAUAGAGUCUCAUGAUAUAUGUCUGACUUUGCAGCUGUUGCUCGUGUUUAGGAUUUAAAAGGUAGCUUAAUAAAACGAUAGACGGAAUAUUAAAAAAUAGAAGCUUAUAAGAUAUUUGACCUAGACUACGGAAUACCUAAAGUCGGAGUAUUCAUCAAGCCUGAAGUUUGCAUAGCUUACUAAAUAACGGUACAGUAAUCCAC